GGCGGUUGUUUUGGCCUUGGUACACUCGCUGUUGUUUGCUGCAUCUUUUCGCCUUAAGACCACCGUCGAUUUCGGACAUUCAUCAGAUACAAUAUACAAUAUCGGGCCAGUCGGCUUGUGGGCUACUGGCGAGAUGACAUGUGGCUUCUUCGUAGCGUUUAUGCCGACACUUCCUCGGGCCGUGAAGGAGACCGCUUGGAUUCAGAAGAUUCGACCGGCAUCGGGUUUGAGAUAUUUACCUUCUCCAAACGCCAAUGGGGCGAAGCGGUCUAGCUACGGAGCAAGCGGUGUCAUAUCGUAUACAGUCUCACAUGGAACAACCUCGAAGGACCUUUAUCUCCAGAUCGACGAGGAAGGCUUAGCUAUGGAUAUACUAAAACUAUCGGAAUCGACUGAACGACUCCGAAAGGGGAAUAUCACUUUAGCUUGCAUUACGAGGACAACUCAUAUUGUGAUUUCUCACGAGCAGCGUUUGGACAGUAAUCUUAAUGGCGGCAGCAGCCCAAAGGCUCAACGACCGUGAAAGAUCUACUAUAACACCACUGAUGCGUACGCUAGAGAGUGCCAUCGAGAC